CUCCUCCUCGCGGAGCGCCGCGCGCAGGCCCCGCCCCCGCUCUCGCGAGAGCUGGGAGUCGGAAAAUGGCGCCGACGUGAGCGCAAGCGCGCGGCCGCACAGGGAGUCGCUGCAGCCUCAGCCCGAGCUGCCGGAGCCACGGGAACAAGAGUGCGAUCCGAGCCGAGGAUGGAGGAGGAACCCUCGGGGCCCAGCGCGGACAUGCCUGCCACUGCAGAGCCCAGCUCCAUUGAGACCGACAAGGAGGUGCUGUCCCCAGUGGUGGCUGCUGCGGCCACCCCGUCUUCCAUGGGGGAGGAGCCGGGCCCUGACCGGGCAGCCACACCCCCAGUGUGGGACCGGGGAGGACCUGGAGGGACCCAGCAGGGUGCCUCCCCAGCCCCAGACAGUGGUCAGCCUGGCCCUGGACCCAGCCUUGGCCCGCCCAGCAUAGUCUCCGGGACCAGCGAGGACCUGCGGCCUGCCAGACGACGCCCGCCUCCAGGGAAGCAGAUUCCCUGCUCCAGCCCUGGCUGUUGCCUCAGUUUCCCCAGCGUUCGCGACCUGGCACAACAUCUGCGUACCCACUGCCCACCCACACAGUCCCUGGAAGGCAAGCUCUUCCGCUGUUCCGCCCUGAGCUGCACCGAGACCUUCCCCAGCAUGCAGGAACUGGUGGCACACGGCAAGCUACACUACAAACCCAAUCGCUACUUCAAGUGUGAGAACUGCCUCCUGCGCUUCCGCACGCACCGCUCGCUCUUCAAGCAUCUGCACGUUUGCGCCGAGCAUGCGCAGAGCCCAGCCCCGCCGCCGCCCCCCGCGCUCGACAAGGAGCCGCCGGCGCCCGAACGCCCCCCGGAGUCCGACCCCGCGGCGGCGCCGGGCCUGCCGUUCCCGCUGCUCGAGCCCUUCACGACCCCCGCCCCUGCCCCCGCCGGGCCCUUCCUGCCCUUCUUGAACCCCGCGCCCUUCGGCCUCAGCCCCCCACGCCUGCGCCCCUUCCUGGCCACCGCGCCCGGGCCGCCCACCUCCAGCGCCGCCGUCUGGAAAAAGAGCCAAGGUGCAGGCGGCAGCCCGCGAAGACCCCAGGGCGGCUCCGACGCGCCCUCAGGGCACGCGGCCCCGAGCCGCAUCGUGUGGGAGCACACGCGCGGCCGCUACUCGUGCAUGCAGUGCGCCUUCUCCACUGCCUCGCGGCCCGCCAUGACACUGCACCUGGAGGACCACCGCCCCAUCGCCCCCGCGCCCGGGCAGCCGCGCCCCGACGCGCCGGCGGACCCGGCCCCGCUUGCUCCCAAAGUGUCGCCGCUGCUGUCAGAGGGGGAGUGUCCGGUUUUCUCGCCGCUCUGAACCCCACCGCGUUGGGGGUGGGCCCGUGGGGCGUGGGUACUUUUGUAAUUUAGGGGGGGCCCGAGAUGGACGGGGUGGGAGGACAAUAAAAGAGGCGCAAUGAGCCAGCC